GCUUGUACUGUACGUUUAUUUAAAACGCAGUUAACAUUAUCAACUGGUCAGAUGAUGUCGUUCGUCUGCGAAUCGCACUGUUUAUUAAAACUGGUUUCCGAACGAAUGAAACAGAAGUGAUCAUUGAUAACAUUUAAAAAAAAUCGUGGUGGGUUUAAAAACAAAGUUUCUAAAAUAAUAUAAAAAUGAAAUGUGAAAUACCGGAAUUGGGACGAUGUUGCUUUUGUUUUCCCUUAAGGCUUGGACUUCUCGUUUGGGGCUAUGGGAAGCUAAUAGCAAGUGUAGUCCUGGUGACUUUGAUGCUGUUUAAUCUAAUCAACGAUUGGCACCGCUUUUGGGGAACAGUUGACGUAGCCUUCGCGAUUGUUUACUUAACGUUCAUAGGAUCAGUGGCAGCGGAUGUCAUAUUUCUCGUAUUAUUUGCUGUCAGUGCACACAAGAAAAACUACAAGAUAAUGGGCGUGUUUUCUAAGUUCUGUUUGUACAUGUUGGCGCUGUACGUUCUAGGCUUCGUACUUUCCGUUGUAUACGGGACGUAUGAGAGUCAUUUUCUCUCGUUUUACAUUGGAUUUACACUCGCGACGAUAUGCUUCUCCUGCAUCAUUAUUCAAAUGUAUAUUGUGAUCCUUGUAAGAAGUGAAGUGUUGAAACUGCAAAGAGGUACGAAUUUCGAAUUUGUAAAUCACGGCGCAGACGCAAUCAUCAACGUGAAGAUGGAUAUGAAUGCUGCCUAAUAAUAAUAUAAUUAUUAAUGUUAAUUUUUAUACAAAAUGACAUUUAACACAAUUCACUACACAUUUGUGUAGCAGUAUGUGUGCUCGACGGCGCACAUAAACAUAGUUAAUUCUUGGUCCACUGAUCUUUUACAAAUUAUAAUUUUAGGUUUUAAAGGCAAUUCAAGUGACAAACUUCUUAUUCGGCAACAUUUUAAUAAUAACAAUUUCGCACAAUACCGAUUGUAAAAUGCAAUUCAUAG